UGACGCCAGUGUGCUUCCAUUUUCACCCCCUACCGAGACCAAAAAUAGGGGGAUCUACAUGCCUUCCUUGCCUCACUUUUAACCUGAGCCAGGGAGAAAGAAGACCUUCCCCUCCGGCUCCUGAAUGGUCGACAUUUUCCCCAAAAAAGGAGAGAGAAAAAGGAGGGAGGGAAGAGAUCUCCAGACCCAGUUUUCUCCUUGGCAUCCGUUCACCUGUUUCUAAGGGAUGGAGAAAAGAGAAGACAGAGAUGGUUGGAAAGGCAACUGAGAUAUAUUUUUUUCUGAGUAUAAGGUGCUGCUUCGUAAUUUUUUUUUGGUUUUACAAAACCCGAUUGGGCUGGAUCCACCUCUCCCUGAGAUAUAUAUAUAUGUUUCUGUAUAUAUGCAGAGUAUAAGGUGCUGCUUCGUAUUAUUAUUUUUUGUUUUCCCAAAACCUGAUUGGGCUGGACCCACCUCUCCCUGAGAUAUAUAUAUAUAUUUCUGUAUAUAUGCAGAGUAUAAGGUGCUGCUUCGUAUUAUUAUUUUUUGUUUUCCCAAAACCUGAUUGGGCUGGACCCAUCUCUCCCUGAGAUAUAUAUAUGUAUUUCUGUGUAUAUGCAGAGUAUAAGGUGCUGCUUCGUAUUAUUAUUUUUUGUUUUCCCAAAACCCAAUUGGGCUGGAUCCACCUCUCUCUGAGAUAUAUAUAUUUUUUUUCUCUCUGUGUGUAUGCAGAGUAAAAGGUGCUGCUUCGUAUUAUUAUUUUUUGUUUUCCCAAAACCCGAUUGGGCUGGAUCCACCUCUCUCUGAGAUAUAUAUAUAUAUUUUCUCUCUGUGUGUAUGCGGAGUAUAAGGUGCUGCUUCGUAAUUUUUUUUUGUUUUUUUUGUUUUCACAAAACCCAAUUGGGCUGGAUCCAUCUCUCCCUGGCGGUGCAUUAUCCGGGUUGCAGCACCGCGAUGUGGUCGACCUUUCCGCUCAAGGGGUUCGGCGCAUCCCAGGAAAAUAGAAUCCAGCCUGUCGAAAGAGCAGCGCUUUGAACAGCCUCGGGGAACCUAAAAAAGGACAAAAAAAAAAAACAAGGGUGGGAAGCAAGGAAGGAGAGCGAGAGAGAGAGAGAGGACGAGACAGAGAGAGAGAUCCAGCUCGGGGAAUAAACCCAGGAGAGUGUCUCCGUGUAUGGUUGGAGAGUGGGGGGGGCAAGAGCCUUCCCCCCCCUCAGGACUGCAGUUGGGCUUGAAGACCUUGUUUGUGACCGUAUCCGACCUCUGCCGAAAAUCCUGGCACCCCUUCCUCUCGUUUUUCAUCUUGGGCAAGGGGGUGGGGGGUGGCCUGGGGGGCAGUGAGACCGCGGCCGUCCAUUUCCAGUUGAUGUCCAUGAAUGCUAACACCAUGAUAUUUAUGAUCCUCGGAGCUUCUAUUGUUAUGGCAAUUGCGUGCUUGAUGGAUAUGAACGCUCUCUUGGACCGAUUUCACAAUUAUAUCUUACCGCAUUUGAGGGGCGAAGACCGGGUUUGCCACUGCAACUGUGGAAGGCACCAUGUCCAUUAUGUCAUCCCUUACGACGGGGACCAGUCGGUCGUGGAUUCCUCAGAGAACUACUUUGUGACUGACAAUGUCACCAAGCAGGAAAUUGACCUGAUGCUGGGACUCUUGCUGGGAUUCUGUAUAAGCUGGUUUCUGGUCUGGAUGGACGGGGUCCUCCAUUAUGCCGUGCGAGCGUGGCGGACAAGCCGACGGUAUGACAAUACUUGGUCUUGGCUUCCAAAAUUUUGUAACUUCAAGGAGUUCAGGAAACGUCACCACCGGCAAUAUGACGAAGCCACCGGGAACAUGGUGCACAUCAAACAGAAGCUGUACCACAACGGGCACCCGAGCCCGAGGCACCUCUGAGGCCGCCCGAGACUGAUGCGAGGCCCCCGAACUCUGUCCCGAGGGGACCUCGGCCCGUUCCCACGUCUCCGACGGAUGCUGCUUUAGGACUUCCUCUCCUUCCCCCGAGUUGUGUCCGUCCCGGCACACAGAGAAUGCACAAUUCAUCCCCGUCCCGGAUGCCCGGCACCCGCGGCGUCGCACUGUGGUUACCAUUUUCUUGGUGGACUUCUGUACAUAUGUAAAUACAAAAGAACAAAACCCAAAAAAGAACGAACGUAAGAAAACAACAACAACAACAACAACAAAAAAAGAGAGAACUCGCAUUGUACUUCCAAUCCAUCGCUUCCUCGAUGGUGUCCUGCAACGCCAGUGUACUUUUGAUUUAUUUAUUUUUUGGUUUCGGUUUAUUUGUUUGUUUGGAAAUUUGUCGUCGUCGUCCCAGGUCUUUGUAGGUGAAUUUGGCCCGAAGAUGCAGUGUUUAGCAUUCGAGAACUUUCAAAGUCCGGUCUGGUUGUGUCCCAAGAUUUCUCUGGCAGGUUUGGUUUGAGGUUCGGAACUAUUUUGGUUGUUUUGACGUUGGAUUGGUCACUUUCUUUGUUUCUUAUUGAAUUUGUUGGUUUGGAGGAAAGCGGCCGGACGUUGUGUAUCAAUCACUCCCUUGGUUCUAGUGCAGUAAACUCGAAUUCCCACCAAAGCCGAUCACUAAAAGGAUCCCACGACCCUAACUUUAUUGUUGUUGUCCUUCUCCCUGUGUUACGUGAAUUGGGGAUGAUGGGAUAGGUAAAAGGUAAAGGUUUUCCCCAACUCAGCAGUACCUAUUGAUCUACUCACACUCUGGGGGUUGAUGCUCAUCUCCAUUUCUAAACCGAAGAGCCGGCGUUGUCCGUAGACGCCUCCAAGGUCGUGUGGCCGGAAUACUAUAUAUAAAAAAAUGUGUUUCCAAGGGUUUAACUGACAAGUAUCCACAAGGUGUUGAAUAUCAUUAAACAAUAUACCGUAUUUAUUUAUUAUUUAUUUAUUAGCUACAUUUAUAUGCCACCCUUCUCACCCCGAAGGGGACUCAGAGCGGCUUACAAAUUAAAUUUACAUACAAUAUUAUAUUAGUAUAGUACAAUACUGGUAAUAAAUUACUAUAUUGUACUGUAUCAACAUAUUGUAAUAUUAUUAGUAAUAUUACAUGUAAAAUAUGAUAUAUAAUUAAUAUUAUUAUAUUGUAUUAUUAGUAUUAUAUCGUAUUACAAUAUAAUAUUAGGGUAGAGUCUCACUUAUCCAACAUAAAUGGACCGGCAGAACGUUGGAUAAGUGAAUAUGUUGGAUAAGGAGGGAUUAAAUUACCGUAUAUAUUUGAGUAUAAGCCGACCCGAAUAUAAGCCAAGGUACCUAAUUUUACCACAAAAACUGGGAAAACUUAUUGAUUCGAGUAUGAGACGAGGGUGGGAAAUGCAGCAGCUACGGGUCAAAUUCAAAAAUAAAAAUAGAUACGGUAGAGUUUCACUUAACCAAUAUAAACGGGCCGGCAGAACGUUGGAUAAGCAAAAAUGUUGGAUAAUAAGGAGGGAUUUAGGAAACGCCUACUAAACAUCAAGUUAGGUUAUGAUUUUACAAAUUAAGCACCAAAACAUCAUUUGGCAGAAAAAGUAGUUCAAUAUGCAGUAAUGUUAUGUUGUAAUUACUGUAUUUACGAAUUUAGCACCAAAAUAUCACGAUGUAUUGAAAACAAUGACUACAAAAAUGGCUUGGAUAAUCCAGAACCUUGGAUAAGCAAGUAUUGGAUAAGUGAGACUCUACUGUAUUAUCAUCACCAUAUUAUUAUUGAUAUAUUGCUAUUAUCAUUAUCAUCAUAUUAUUCUUAUUGUUACCAUAUUUCUAUUAUCAUAUUCUUAUCAUUAUCACCAUAUUAUUCUUAUUGUUAUCAUAUUCUUAUCACCAUAUUAUUAUUGUUGUCAUAUUAUCAUUAUGAUUAUCAUCAUCACCAUAUUUUUCUUAUUGUUAUAUUCUUAUCAUCACCACCAUCAUCUUAUUACUAUUGAAAACAUUGACUACAAAAUGCCUUGGAUAAUCCAGAACCUUGGAUAAGUGAGACUCCACUGUAUUAUCAUCACCACAUUAUUCUUAUUGUUAUCAUUUCUAUUAUCAUCAUGUUAUUAUUAUUGUUAUUAUUAUAUUAUCAUUAUUAUCAUCAUCACCGUAUUAUUAUUGUUAUCAUAUUCUUAUCACCAUCAUAUUAUUAUUAUUAUCAUCUCAUAUUAACAUUAUUAUCACUAUUGUGAUCACCAUAUUAUUAUUAUUGUCAUAUUAUCAUGAUUAUUAUCAUCAUCGCCAUACUUUUCUUAUUGUUAUAUUCUUAUCAUCAUCAUCUUAUUACUAUUAUUAUUACUAUUAUCAUAACCACCAUGUUAUUAUAUUACUAUCAUAUUAUUAUUGUUGUUAUCACUAUGAUCAUAAUCACCAUAUCAUCACCAUCAUAUUACUAUUGAUAACAUUGACUACAAAAAUUCCUUGGAUAAUCCAGAACCUUGGAUAAGCGAGUCUUGGAUAAGUGAGACUCUACUGUAUUAUGAUCACCAUAUUAUUAUUGUUAUAUUCCUAUUAUCAUUAUGAUUAUCAUCACCAUAUUAUUCUUAUUGUUAUCAUAUUCUUAUCACCAUCAUAUUAUUAUUAUCAUUCUCAUAUUCUUAUUAUCACUAUUAUGAUCACCAUAUUAUUAUUGUUGUCAUUAUAUUAUCAUUAUGAUUAUCAUCACCAUAUUAUUAUCAUAUUCUUAUCACUAUCAUAUUAUUAUGAUCAUCAUCCUCAUAUUAUUAUUAGAACUAUUACGAUCACAUUAUUAUUGUUGUCAUUAUCAUUAUGAUUAUUAUCAUCGCCAUAUUUUUCUUACUGUUAUUAUCAUCAUCAUCACUACAUUAUUCUUAUUGUUAUCAUAUUCUUAUCACCAUCAUAUUAUUAUUGUUAUUAUCAUAUUCAUAUGAUUAUUAUCACCGUAUUAUUAUGAUAGUCUUAUCACCAUCAUAUUAUUAUCACUAUUAUGAUCACCAUAUUAUUAUCAUUAUGAUUAUUAUCAUCAUCACCAUAUUAUCAUAUUCUUAUCACCAUAUUACUAUCAUCAUCACCAUAUUAUUAUCACUAUUAUGAUCACCAUAUUAUUAUCAUUAUGAUUAUUAUCAUCAUCACCAUAUUAUCAUAUUCUUAUCACCAUAUUACUAUCAUCAUCACCAUAUUAUUAUCACUAUUAUGAUCACCAUAUUAUUAUUGUUAUUAUAUUAUCGUUAUGAUUAUUAUCGCCAUAUUUUUCUUAUUGUUAUAUUCUUAUCAUCACCAUCACCAUCUUAUUACUAUUGAAAACAUUGACUACAAAAUACCUUGGAUAAUCCAGAACCUUGGAUAAGCGAGUCUUGGAUAAGUGAGACUCUAUUUUAUGUAAAUGCAACACUUUGAUUGUAAUUUCUAACUGCUUAUCUGGAAUUUACAUGCAUUUAUUGCACAUAAUACAUUGCUUAAUGAUAUUCAGUGCCUUGCUAUUAUUCCAACAGUGGAUACUUCUCAGUUCAGUGGAUACUUCUCAGUUCAGUGGAUACUUGUCAGUUGUUUUCAGUGGUUUUCAACCUGGUGUUUCGGCCAAGGUUCCUCCCAUUGAACUCCAAAGACCCAAAUCCCAGGAAGGCCCAUUUCCACGGCUCAAAAAUGACCUAUUUUCAGACUACAACUCCCAGAAUCCCUUGCCUUCGCAUGACCACUAGCUGGGGAUUCUGGAAGCAGUCAUCCCCUUGAAAAAUGACAUUUUAAUGCUUUCUUUGGAGUUUGCCUGGGAUGGGACUGCAUGGCAGAAUUAUAUCUCCCGUUCCCAACAAUCUCCCAACAAUGUCAAAAUAGUACUUUUUAUUUUGUCGGCGAGAUUAUAUUUCCAGACUUUCCCAAUUUCGUUCCGCGUUACAAAACAGAAUGGGGGUAAAAAAAAGGAAGCGGGGAGGGAAUUGGAUAGGAAAAUAAUAUUGACGAUAUCUGUGAUUUGCUCUUAUUGUUUAAUUGUGUGAUUAAAAGGAGAAGGGAAAAAAACAAAACAUGAGAAAUCUACCACCAAAACGAACCUCACUAAUCUUGUUUUUAUUUGAUUUGCAAGCUCUCAACCAAGAUCAUUUCCAUUAAAGGCUGUUUGUGGUA